AUGCGCAGCCAGCUUGCAGUCCUAGACUGGACUGCAUACAACAUUUACUGGUCGCGUGCCUCGUGUGGAGUGAAGCGCUUUGAUCGUGACAUGCAUCACUUCAUUUUCACGACAUCCACGGCGCAUGAAUCAUACCGCUGUGCUGUGGCCUGCAAGUGCGCCGAGUAUGCUGCGCUUGGCAUGGAAGCUGGUUCUGAGGGCUAUGAACAUGAGGGCCCAGAGAUCCAGAAGCUCAAGUACAAUGGAUUCCUAGCUUUGCAGCGGCUGGUGGCCGAUCGAUCUGAGGAUGUCGAGUGA